AUGUCUGUUCUCUGCACUGAUGAGGAACAUUCAAAGAAUGCUGAACACAGUGAUAUUGAUCUGUGUGGAAAGAUUUCCAUUCUGUAUGGCAUCCAGGAUACAAUAGUGUCAGUGGUUGCUAGUGAGGAGGUAGGAAUGUAUGAUUAUAUUUCAGGAGCUGUGUAUGGAUUGAAGGGAUGCUGUCACGAUGAAUCUGAAUAUCAGUUAAAGGUAAUAUAUUCAAGUAGCUAAGUAAAGAGUUGGUGGCUUUGAUGACCUAACAUAAAUGAAUUGGUUGUAUCUGACUCAGGUAAAAUAUAGAACAGGGUUCUAGUAGAAAUGAAGGUCAGUGUCUCUUGUCAGUGUUCAGUCAGUGUUGUGUUGAGACUCCUGCUUGUUUUGUUGAAUGAUUCUGCCUUCUACAAAAAUGUGUCUAUGCUUGAAAAUUGACUCGUAAAAAUUUGGCAGAUUUAUCAUGUAGUCUAAGCAUUAGUAACUUUGUGUUUUGUCCAGUUCUAGGAUGAUUCGUCCUGCAAUCUAUUAGUUACCUUUUGUUCAUAGUCAGUUCUCAAUCAGGCUUUCCAACAGUCCAGUUAUAAAAUUGUCUGGAACUUGUCGUCAAGGUUGUGGGGAAGUGCAUGUAUUUCGUCUUUGUGUGUGGCUGUGGACGUUUCACAGUAGCAUAGCUAUAGCCAGACAUCUUUUGUCAGCUUGUCUUGCACUGUUUCCCAGUGGGCCCAUGGAAUUGGAUCAUAUAUAUCAGUAACUGCAGCUAAGUUGUUAACAUAUAUUUAUCAAAAUUUCCAUAAUAUUAAAGCUAGAAAUGCUGUAAUUUCAUAAAGUACUUUACGUCAGUGAUGAGAAUUUGUUUAUCUAUGUAGGACAAGAAGUCCCCCCUUUCAUCAAGUGCAGUGAGUUUGGACCUUAAGGAAUUCAUAGUUCAUUUUCAACAAAAACUGAGAAUGUCAUCUCACAGUGUUGACAAUGACAAUGUGUUAAAGGAACACUCUCCUGUUGCCUGGUUAAUGAUCUCACCAGCUCUUGGAGUGACCCUUGACUGGCAAGUACAAGAGAAAGUCCUUGAAUUUAUAGAAACUUUGUCAUCAGAGGAAUUUGCUGACAAGCAAGCAUCUGACAGUUACAACGAAGGAUGUUUUUCAAGCCAGUGGUACAAUCUGUUGGUAGUUGUUGACCAAUAUCAUUGUUGUGGGAAGAAUAUUCCACUGAUUGAGGUAUUUGAGUUUUGCAGGAAUGGUGAAAUUAAUGUUGUAAACUUUGACUUAACUUAA